UUUCCUCUCCAGCUAACAUUCCUCCGCCCCAGUCCCGCUCCUACCGCCUCCGCUGCCAGCGGCGGCCCUAGUCUCCGCUCCAACUAUUCCAACCAUCCUGGGAAGGGUGGGGCACGCGGCUCCUGGGUCCCCCUUGGUUGCACACCCCCCGCCCCAACCCCAUCAUCGGUUUUCCCUUCUGCCCCGGUCCCUCCUUUUCUGGGACGGGGCCAGCCAAUGGGCGACGAGACUCCCGGGUUUGGCGUGGGAGCGGGGGAGCUCAGACAUCCCCCGCCCCACAGUUCUGGCCACAGUCCCGGGGCGCACGGACGUGGCUAGAGUUUCCUCCGCUCUCCGAUCGCUCUCGCUCUCCUCCCCCCUCCCGCUCUUCCUCCUCUCCCGGUCUCCUACUCCAGCUUCAGCUCCACCCGGCCGGCCCCGCACGGCUCCGGGUCGCCAUGGAGGACACCCAGCUCCAUAUCAUCGAACAGCCGCUUUCCGGGUACCCUGACGCCGAGGACCCGGCGUCCUCCCUCAUGCAGGCGCCGGCGGCGGAGGAGCCGUCGGGGGCCGGCUCCGAGGAGCUGAUCAAGUCGGACCAGGUGAACGGCGUACUGGUACUGAGCCUCCUGGACAAAAUCAUCGGCGCCGUCGACCAGAUCCAGCUGACCCAAGCCCAGCUGGAGGAGCGGCAGGCGGAGAUGGAGGGCGCCGUGCAGAGCAUCCAGGGCGAGCUGAGCAAGCUGGGCAAGGCGCACGCCACCACCAGCAACACCGUGAGCAAGCUGCUGGAGAAGGUGCGCAAGGUCAGCGUCAACGUGAAGACCGUGCGCGGCAGCCUGGAGCGCCAGGCCGGCCAGAUCAAGAAGCUGGAGGUCAACGAGGCCGAGCUGCUGCGACGCCGCAACUUUAAAGUUAUGAUCUACCAGGAUGAAGUGAAACUCCCGGCCAAACUGAGCAUCAGUAAGUCGCUGAAAGAGUCAGAGACCAUGCCGGAGAAGGAGGGCGACGAGCUGGGCGAGCAGCCCGAGGAAGACGCGGCGAUCGAGCUGUCCUCGGACGAGGCGGUGGAGGUGGAGGAGGUCAUCGAGGAGUCGCGCGCGGAGCGCAUCAAGCGCAGCGGCAUGCGGCGCGUGGACGACUUCAAGAAGGCCUUCUCCAAGGAGAAGAUGGAGAAGACCAAGGUGCGGACCCGGGAGAACCUGGAGAAGACCCGCAUCAAGACCAAGGAGAACCUGGAGAAGACGCGGCACACGCUGGAGAAGCGCAUGAACAAGCUGGGCACGCGCCUGGUCCCCACCGAGCGCCGGGAGAAGCUCAAGACCUCCCGCGACAAGCUGCGCAAGUCCUUCACCCCCGACCACGUGGUCUACGCGCGCUCCAAGACGGCCGUCUACAAGGUGCCGCCCUUCACCUUCCACGUCAAGAAGAUCCGCGAGGGCGAGGUGGAGGUGCUGAAGGCCACCGAGAUGGUGGAGGUGGGCAACGACGACGAGGAGGGCGGCGCGGAGAGGGGCGAGGCCCUCGACCUGCUGCGCGGGAGCAGCCCCGACGUGCACACGCUGCUGGAGAUCACCGAGGAGUCGGACGCCGUGCUGGUGGACAAGAGCGACAGUUAA